UAAAACAUUCUCUCAGUGAUUAAAUCCUUGAAACAUGGACUCUAAAUAAAUAAACAUUUGAAUGGUCGUUUACCCAAGCCGGUUCUCAGCUGUCCCACCACAAAGCUACUAUUUUCCACAUCACGGCGGCACUAACAAAACACGAAUCUGUAGAUACAAAUCUCGUAAAUCUUCCACAUUUGUUUUUUCGGCUGCAAACUUCUGCCCAAUCCGUGGCGUACGCUUAGAGCGCAAUCGAAAUACGUUGGCUUGUUACAUUUCGCGCCUCGGACGGUCGCAAUUACCUAAGCACCACAAUUGAACGGUCUGCGUAUGAAGACGCCCGGGCUUGCGCCAAAAAUCUCAAUACCCAGUGUACGUACAUACAAACACUGUCGUCACCGCGCAGCACCCCAAUUGAUGAUGGCUAGGAAUACCCACGGUAAUGAGUCGUACAUACAUCGAUUUAUUAAAUAAGAAAACCAUGUCGCAGCCGAGGCUUAGUUUGCAUCGGCGGUCCAUCGCGAACAGAUCCAUUCCAGCAUCAGUCACGCAGCAGCUUAGCUCUCGUCGUUUCGUGCGCGCGUGUUAAGUGAAAGUAAUUGUUUCUUUUUCUCCUGGAUCGGUCGCAGCACGCAAAGAUGCCUAGCGAAGUUUUGGCUCCUUGCCUGGAUAAGGCACCGAAAAAAUACGACGAUUACAUGACCGAGCUGGACGAUUUCUUCAAGGACAUGGCGGCCAAGUAUCUCCGGGAGGAUGAUAACAUACGGGAACAAUCUCUCCGACAGUUUCGCGAUUGGAUCGCCAAGCAUCCAAACAUAAAACGGGUGCGAACGGAUGCUCCUUUUUUGUUGCGAUUUUUGAGAACCAAAAAAUACAACUUUAUCAAUUCGUGUAAGAUGUUAGAACGCUUCCUAGCGGCUCGGGUUUUACACAAAAAAUGGUUUAGCCGGUUGGAUGUUGAAGAACCCGAGCUGGGUGCGUUAAUAGAUUCAGGCUAUUUAUUUCCCUUACCAGAGCGGGAUAGCAAAGGACGCACGUUGAUUUUCAGUGAAUCAUCCGGCGUUGAUCCUAACAAGUUCACCGGCGCUCACGCCUGCAGAAUUCACAUGCUCAUGGCCGAAGUGCUGCACGACGUCAACGAAGUUCAGUGCGCUGGUUUUGUGCUUAUCUAUGACUUUUCCAAAAUUACUCUGGCUCACUUGAACAUCGUUUCCUUUAAUGAAAUCCGUAUGCUAACCAGAGUGCUAAACAAUGCGACCCCGAUGCGUACUCAAGAAGUACACUUUGUAAACACGCCUCCGGCUGCACUAACUGUGGCGAAUUUCGCCCUACAGCUGGCCAACGAAAAGUUGCGGAACCGCGUCUUCUGUCACCGCAACUGGGAGGAGUUGUACGCCAAGGUGGACAAGAAUUUGUUACCUAAAGAAUACGGUGGAAAGAUUCCACAGGCCGAGUUGAUUGAUAAUUUCAAGCAGCUUUGUCGAGAGUUACGUCCGAAGUUGUUGGCACAUGACGAAAUGUACAUGGAAGUUUCCGAGGGAUCCGAAUAUUGGAGGGAAUCGUCCAAUACCUCCGAGCUGGAUAGUGGAACAAUCGGAACGUUCCGAAGGCUGCAGGUAGAUUGAACACUGCGUGUGUGGUGCGGUGCGGUGCUGUGUACUUGAAUUAUUGUUAUAAUUGUGGAAAUAAAAAGUUUGUGGUUACGAAGCUGAUUGCCUAAGUUGCUCAAAAUGUGAACUAUCUUCAUCAAGGGACGAACUUUUUUGGUUGGCUAACGAUGGUAAUAUUUUUGGUGUUACACAAGCUUUGAUUAGAUAAUUAAAAGAAACGAGCAUAACUGAAACCAAAUUUUGUGGAGAUUUUUAAUUCAGCCUUUUCGGAGGAAACUGCACUCGCGAGUCACCAGUUUCAAAUCUCAUUUAAGCGAAAAUAUGUGGUGACUUGCAAAGCUAUAGUGC